AGACCCAAUUCCAAUUCCAAUUACAAUUGUUGUUUUGAUCCUUUUCUCCUCCACCGCCCCGCAAUGUCACUGCAGUUAGGGCUUUCAAUUCCAUAUAAAGAAGAAGACGACAUAAUAAGCGAUCUCCCAGACUCAGUUCUUCAUCACAUUCUUUCUUUUCUUACUAUCAAAGACACAUGCAUCACAAGCCUCCUCUCAAAAAGAUGGAAACUGAUUUCGCUGUUACAACACAUCUUCUACUUGGAUGAAAAACACUCUCGAGACUCUCUACCCUUCAUCGCCGCUCGAGAUAAGAAUCUACCCUUCCUAUUAGUCCACCUUAAAUGGUGCCCCAAUAAUGAAAUUGUUUAUGCCGCUAUUCAACGACGACUUUAUAACCCAACCAUCCAUCCCUCUCACUCUGAUUGCCACAUAAGCAAAUCGUCUGCUUUCCUUCUAACUUCCAAAACCUUGGCAUUCCUCAAAUUGAAGAGGAUAACAAUCAACCAAGUUUCAAACGUUGAUCUUCCCUCGCUCAAAGUACUUCACAUGGAAUCUAUCACUUUUGCAGAUGGUGAAUAUCUCACCAAACUUCUAUCCGGCUCUCCUAAUCUACAGGAGUUGGAAACAAAGGAUUUAGUGGUAAAGAAAGGUUGUAGCCUGGUUUGGAAUGAUACAAACUUAUCCAAGUUGGUUAGAGCUAACAUUUCCGGUCGGCAUAUUAUGUUUAAGCAACUUCAUAACGUGGAGCAUCUGCGCCUACAUGUGACAUGUCCCUAUCCACUACAUCUCAUGUUUGACAAUUUAACUCAUCUGGAGCUUACAUUAGACAUUGACCAUGAAUGGCUGGGAGUGGGGUCAUUCAAAUGGACAUGGCUGAAUAUUCUACUUUCACAUGUCCCAAAGCUUCAAACUCUUAUCAUUGAUGAGGUUGAUACAGUAAACAAUUUUGAAGAUGGCAGUUGGAAGGAACUACAUACUGUACCAGCAUGCCUUUUAUCUCAUCUCACAACAUGCUCACUUAGAAAUUACUGCCGCCUAAACUGUGAGAUUCAAUUUGCAAAAUAUAUCUUGAAGAACUCAACAGUACUAAACACCAUGACAAUUCAGAUUGCCGAAUCAGUAGAUACAAAUACAAAACUCCAAACGAUCAAGGAAUUAUCUCUCUGCCAAAGGAAUUCCACCGCAUGUCAACUUUUAUUUAUUUGAAUGAUAAUGGAUAGAGCGUGCAAUAGCAGCAGCCUUAAGCUUGUCACAACAAUUAUCAUAACUCCAAUAAGUCCGAGACUCUACUUUCUGAAUUCAUUCUCAAUCUUGAGAAAUGUUUGUUUGUGUACAAUAACCUAUCCUUUGAUUUUUAUGAUAUAUGCUUUAGAAACAUUGAUCUUUCUUUGAAUUCUACAUCUUGAACUAUAGUUUUGUCUUUAUGGAGUCUUUUAGUGAUAUAUGCUUGUCACAAACAUUAAUAACUCCUGUUAUACGCAAUAGUUUAG